AUCACAGCCAGAAAUUUCUGGUUGAGCAAUGACUCAUUUCUCUCUCUCUCUCUCCAACCAGCUACACCCAUUAUCUAGAGAGAGAAACAAAAUGAGAGAAAGAAGAGUGAACAGAAAAACAGAUAUAAAAUGCCAAGCACCGCAUAAAAUAAAACCAUUAUAGGAAAAAAAACCAAGCUUAAGAAAAAGAAAGAAGCAAAAUCGAACAAAUUUUGGGUGUGUUUUGAUUUUCUCUAAUUCGAUUCUCAAAAAUUUGUUUUUUUUGGACAGUUCAGAUCGAUCUGUGUAUUGUUUAUGCGUAUAUAUGCUCAAGAAAGUUGUACAUAAAUGAUCGCAAGCUGCCCUGGUUUGGGCAUUGGUUUUUAGAAUAAACCAUGAAGCAGUGGUUUCAUAUUGCUUGCUGGCCUAAAGGCAAUACUCAUUCUGCUACCUGUGCUGCUGUUCUGACUUCUGGUUUGUAUUUGUAUGGGGGAGCUCAUGGUGGAUUGAGGAUGCAUUCAAUAGAUAGAUAGUUGCAUAAGUAUGAGAGUCAGUUGGGUCUGUCAUGUGCAAUUAUAGCACGUGGUAGAUCUUUAACUUCUGAUCUUCUUAUAUGGCACUGUAGUGAACUACUCAAUUCCAUUGAUUUCUUAGGAACAUGGUAUCAGAUUUUGAUCCCAUGUGAAAAAUGCUCUUAUAUGAGGUGUAUGAAAAAAACUAGAUUGGAAAAAAAUAGCAGAGAGAGAGAGAGAGAAGAAGAAUCUUUAGACAUUUGGAAGAACAAUAUACUCAACACCAGUCAUGGGCUUGCCACAAGCUUCCUCCAGCAAAAUUGCCGAGGAAGUAGCUGCAUCAUUGAGCACAUUUGUGCAAACUCCGCCUCGGCUUGUUAGUUUGAGCAGCUGUGAUUUGAGUGGAGUCCAUGUAGGUCACUCAGGAAAUCGAAUUUCAGGGGAUUUCCCUUGCUCUUCUGUAAGGGAGCUUUCGAAGGAUCCAGAUGCUCUCAAUUUAUAUAAGGAUGGUACGACCCACAUACAUAGAUUGAGGAUUGGUCCCAUUGAAAAGAAUGGCUUGUUCGCUCGUAGCGGUGGACGGAAUGUGCAUAGUCCUGUUUCAAGGAUUGUUGGGUUUGAACCCAGGGAAUUGGAUUCCCCUACCAAUGCAUUCGAGGGAAACCAAUUAGAUGGCAACCUUUCUUCGAAAUUGGUCAGUAGCAACAGUAAUGAAACUGAGGCCACUAGCUCACUAGCCAGGAAGCGGUUAUUAUCUCCUUUGAAUGGCAUGAUUAUACCAGAUCAAUUUGAUGGUGAAUCUCUUGACAUUGGCGGCACCAUUAAUAAGAGUGAUUCCCGUAAAUUUACUGCUCUUCAGGAGCAUAAGAAGGCUAAUAUGGGCAACUCUAGCUAUUUCAGUCCUUUGAUAUGGUCCACAGCUAGUUUCUCAGAAAGGUAUAACUCACCGGAUGAUAAUUAUGUGACCAACUCAGGUUUCUUCACUGAUGGCCCUUUGCUUGAGAACAAGGAGUCACAGUCUCUCAAUCUUUCUCCGACUUCAACGGGGUUAAAUUCCUUUCGAGGAACAACUGAAAUAGCAUACCAAACCAGGGAAAUAAUGAUUCCACCGAACAAAGCAGUUUCGUCUCCGCUGUCUAUGUCUCCUCUUGGUCCAAAAUACUCUGGAGGAAUGAAAACUUCAGGAAGGUGUGGGGCUACCAGAAAAGAGUUAGAUGACAGCUACUUAACCUUGAAGGAUAUGGAACAGUCACUUAACGGAACUAUCUCUGGCAUUUUAUCUUCCCAGAAAGAUGAGAAUUUUAGAAUGGCAAGCAAAUUAUUUCAAGAUGCUAAUCCUAUGCAGAAAAAAAUUGAUCAAUUCACCCGUGAAAGUACCUAUGGAAUUGAUGGCCACUGGGGUCAGGAUUCAACCCUUACACCUCAAUGUGCUAAGUUAGUCAGAUCUUUGAGUGGACAACCUGUUAGAAGGUCGUUGGUUGGUUCAUUUGAGGAGUCCCUUCUAUCUGGUCGUUUAUUAUCUGGAGUGGCCAGUCAGAAAAUUGAUGGUUUCCUUGCUGUUCUUAAUAUUACUGGAGGAAAUUUUUCGCCACAUACCCAAAAGCUUCCAUUUGCAGUUACCAGUGUGGAUGGAAAUAAACACCUAUUGUAUUAUUCAUCAAUAGAUCUUGCAGCAGAUGUGCCGUCAAAUAAACAUAGAGGCCCUAAAAUGAAAAGGAGUCUUGUCAUUGAUUACUCUCGAGCUGAAAAGAGCCGCCUGCGAAUACCUAUGAAAGGGUGCAUACAACUGGUUCUCAGUAAUCCUGAGAAGACGCCUAUUCACACUUUCUUUUGUAAAUAUGAUUUGAGUGACAUGCCUGCUGGCACCAAGACAUUCCUGCGCCAAAAAAUUGCUCUAGCUGCUUCUACUCCAGCUUCUGUACUGGGUAAUGGAAGACAUAAGAAUCCUGACAUGAAAAAUGAUCUCAACAAUGUCCUCAACAAGAGCGGGGGUUUUCCUAACACAAUUGGAGUUGAUAUUGUACAUACAAUGAUGGAAACUGACGAUGCUGGAGAUACCAAUCAAUCUGAAAUAGGAGGAAUAGGGUCGCUGCGCUCGGGUUGUAGUACAUUGAAUGCAUCCCAUAGUUCUGAAAGCAAAUUUGCACAUAGCCUGCCAAAGGUCAAGGAGAAUACUAUGGGUUCUGGAGUUUUGCGUUAUGCACUUCAUCUCCGUUUUUUAUGCCCUUUCCCUAAGAAAUCUUCAAGGACAGUGCACAAGUGUAAAUCUAAUCCUCAUUCUGCACCAUCAACGACUAACAUGGAGACUGAAAGUGAACGGCGCUUUUAUUUGUAUAAUGAUAUGAGGGUAGUGUUCCCUCAACGUCACUCAGAUGCUGAUGAGGGCAAGUUAAAUGUGGAAUACCAUUUCCCAUCAGAUCCGAAAUAUUUUGACAUUAGCGACUAAAGGGUUCUUCUCCUCUCCUCUCUUUGCAGAAUCCGGUGGUUGUGUACAUAUUCGGUAUCCAGUUCUUGUGUACAUACAUUUGUACAUGCAUUUUCGUUUGUCAUUUUAAUUCUCAGACGGGGGACAAAGAACCCCCCAUUUUCACCUGUAAAGAACACAUUUUCAGUAAGGAAUUCAUUUUGUUAAUUGUUUA